AAAGACCUCGUUUUGGCCCAAAAAGAAAAGAUUGAGUUCGAGAACCGCUCCGAAGAGCUCCGCAAGAAGUUGCAGACCAUUAGCGCCAAUUCUGGUGAUGAGAUAAUAACACUUCAGCAACAGAUUGAGGACUUGAGCGAAGAUAACGACGCCAUGAAAGAGGACACCAAGAAAUUGACGGCUGAGUUGAAGGCAACGAAAGACACGUUUGAAGUGAGGGAACGGGAGAGUCGGGAGACUAUAGAGGAGUUAAGACGACAGUUAGCGACGGCCGACACGCGACUCACUGAAGCGGCCAAUGAGUUGUUGGCGAACAGCGCCGACAAUACGGACACGAAUUUGUUGCACAAUGAGAUAUUGGCGCUCAGGGAACAGUUGGCGGAACUGGAGGGCAGGAACCGGUUGACCGAAGAUAAUUUGCAGACUAGUAUCGAGCAAUUGAACGCAUCGGUGGUUGAGUACAAAUGCCUUCUAGACGAAGCCCGCAAUCAGGUCCAGAGGUUAGAGACGGAGAAGUUGUCGGCCAUUCAGGAGACAAAUCAAGUGAAUCAGGUGUUGGAGAAUGAAAGAGACAAUCGAUCGAUGGUUAGCGAAGAGAACCAGCAGUUGAGGCAAAGGAUACUGCAAUUGGAGUCCGAUUUGGGCGCCUUUAGCUCACAAAAUGAUUCCGUCCACGAGUUGACACAAACCAUCGAAGGUCUGCGGACACAGAACUUGGAGUUGAGUUCGAGUUUAGAGCGGAUGAAACAGAUGUCGGCCGAGAGUCAGGAUUACAUGCAAAAGCAAUUGGAAGCCAUGGGAAGGGAUACGGAGGGCGAGAGGUUGGCGUCGAGUCAGCGGAUCAUUGAAUUGCAAAACACUGUCGAAACGAUUUCUGCUGAGAAACAGCGCUUUGAAUACGGUUUCUAUGACUUACAGAAUAGAUAUCAAGAAUUUGAUCGCUUAUUGCAGACUAAGAGCAUUGAAUUGGAGAGUUUGAAACAAACGGAAGACUCGUAUCAAAAGCUGUUGAAGUCGUCAACAAAUUUGAAGGAAGAGAAGGAACACCUCUUAAGUGUGUUAUCGGAAAAGGAAGCGCUUAUUGAGUCGAAAGAUAAAGAUAUGCAGCGAUUGAUGGAUGAGAAGCAACAGUUGGAGCUGACCUAUACGGACAGGGAUUACAACGUAUCGGACCUCAAUUCACAGAUACAGGCCAUGAAUGAGUUGAACCAAAAUAAUCAGUUAAAUAGCGAACAAUUUGUGGUGAGAGAGCGUGAGUUGGAGUCGAAAAUACAAGAACUGCAACACGAAGUGGAAGAAUGCAAACGAGUCAAUACAGACAUUGAGUCCAAGGCUUCGGAGACUGAGUACGAGUUGGAGAUUCUUAAGAGGAAUUACGGCAUAGAAAUGGAUAGCUUUGGAGCGCAAGUGACGGAAAGGGAGUCUCUGAUAGAGAAGUUGCAGACGAGGAAUGAGAAGCUGAAGAAGAAGUGGCAGAAGUCAGACGGAGUCAUAAAGGAGUUGCAGGAAAAGGAGUCCCAUUUGAUGGCUAAACUGUCGGAAUCGGAUGGUCUCGUGAAAUACGAACAAAUGCAGAGACAGACGGCAACCGAUUCGAGGAUUUUCGAGUUACAGCAACAGCUGGAGGAAAGGGAGCGGGAGUUUCAGAACGAUUUGGGACUCUUGAGGGUAGAGAACACCGGUUUAGUUGCGGCCGAACACGAGUUGAGGCGACGAUGUGAUGAAUUGGAGCUCAGGAUUAGUGGCAAUAGUAGUGUUGAGACAGAGAUUAUGGGCUAUCGUUCGCAUAUCGAGCAACUCGUCCAACAGUUAGAGUCGGAGCGCAUUGAGAAACGACACGUUCAGGAGUUGUAUCAAUCGGUGGCAAACAGUGCCCAAAAUCCCGAUCAAAUGAACCAACUGUUGGCUCAGAUUGAGGCCGAAAAGCAGCAACAAUUAGUGAAAUAUCAGGAACUGGAGCUGAAGUGCAAGAAAUUUGCGGCAAAAUUCAAAGUGAAAGAGAGAGAAGUGUUUACUUUGGAGGCGAAGCUAAGGGUCGCCAAAGAGAAUGAGUCGAAGAAUGUGAACGAAGAAGAUCUCAUUGAUAGCAGCAAACGGUGCGACGAAUUGGCCAAACGGGUGGAGGAGCUGCAGCUGACGGCACAGAGUCUCGACGCAGCCCUACAGUCGGAGCGCCUCCGCAGACGUGAAUUGGAGGCCGAGAAGCAACAGUUUUGGGGUCAGGAGUCCGGCGGAAGGGCUAGUAGUAUGAGCUCAACGGAUGGCGCGGACGGGUCGACCAGUUUCUCAUUACUCAUCGACGAGGGAAUGGGAGAUAAAAGUGGUUUGCAUUCGGCGAAGAGAUUCCUAACGAAACAAAAGCAUAAUUUAUUGAGAGGUCCGCCGAGUGUGAGGUAUCGGCGCUGGGCUAUCGUAGUAUAUUUGGUUAUAUUUCACGUAUUGUUACUCAAACUGUGCCUUUUUUAACACCCGUUCCUCACUAUUAUUAUUACGAAUAGACUUUAGAUUUGAUUUUUUAAUGAUUUUUCAUUUUUAUAAAUAAAUUAUUUAUUGUUAAUUUUGAGGC